AUGUCACAAGAUCCCAAUGCUCUUAAAAGAGCGUGGUAUCAGAGUCAAGAAGGAGCACACUCGUUGCCUGCUGGAUCUCAAAACAUAGAUUCCAAGCUCGAGCUUUCUGAGUCUCAGCAGCAGUUGCUUAAGCGUGUUAAGAGACCUAACGGGAAUGAAGAGCCGCUGGAGUUCGAAAAAGAGCUUGUGGAGAUGACAGAACUGGCACUGGCUUUUCUGGGAGAGCUGCAGAGCUGGAAAAGACCUCCAUUGCCCAAAGAUUAUGCAUCCAAGGAUAUCACAUUCCAGCAGCUAGAUGCUGAGGAGGCUACGCAUGGAGACGAGUCCAGUGCCCGUUUCUUCGGUAUUACAGAUGAAGGGCAUUCCGUUCUUUGUAAUGUCACGGGCUUCUUGCAUUAUUUCUACGUACCCGUGCCAAGGGGCUUCUUUCCAGACCAGCAUUUGACUCAGUUCAUCUCAUACUUGAAGGCCAACUACUUUGGCAUCGAGACUGUCGAAAUCGUCAACAAAGAGCUGAUCUGGGGCUUCAACAAUAAUAACAAGUCGCCGUUCUUCAAGGUCAUUGUGAAUAACGCGAGAAAUAUCACCAAGGUAAGAGGCGCCUUUGAAAGAGGCGAGGUUCGCUUUGAACAGCUCUUUCCGCCAACAUGUGUCAGUUACGAUAAUAUCAACUACUUGCUUCGAAUGAUGAUUGAUUGUGGUAUCACCGGUAUGUCGUGGAUUACCGUCCCUGCCGGGGCUUACGAGCUCACUGAAAAAGACCUCAAGGUGUCUACUUGUCAGAUCGAGUGCACCGUUGACUACAGAAAAUUGAUCUCGCAUCCAUCGGAGGGUGAAUGGUUGAAAAUGGCUCCUCUACGUAUCAUGUCGUUUGAUAUCGAGUGUGCCGGCAGAAAGGGCGUGUUUCCCGAAGCCAACCAGGACCCUGUCAUUCAAAUUGCCAAUGUCAUCUCCAGGUAUGGUGAGCCCAGGCCGUUUGUGCGUAACGUUUUCACAGUCAAAAGCUGUCUUCCCAUCAUCGGAUCUGAGAUUUUCUCGAACGAGGAGGAAAGAGACAUGCUUAUGGCUUGGAGAGACUUCGUUGUUAAAGCUGAUCCUGAUGUCAUUAUUGGCUACAACACCGCCAAUUUCGAUCUUCCGUAUCUUCUUGAUAGAGCCAAGGCUCUAAAUAUUCCAAAAUUCCCCUACUUCGGAAGAAUGGUGAACAUACGGCAGGAAGUCAGCAACUCCACUUUCAGUUCCCGUGCUUACGGUACCCGUGAAAACAAGGUUGUCAACAUCGAUGGCAGAAUGCAGCUUGACUUGUUGCAGUUUAUCCAAAGAGAGUACAAGUUACGUUCGUACACUUUGAACUCGGUCUCUGCCCACUUCUUGGGUGAACAGAAAGAAGAUGUCCAGCAUUCUAUUAUUACCGACCUUCAGAAUGGUACUGCUGAAACGAGGCGAAGAUUGGCAGUAUACUGUUUGAAAGAUGCCUACCUUCCUUUGCGUUUGCUCGAAAAAUUGAUGUGUUUGGUCAACUACACCGAAAUGGCAAGAGUCACUGGUGUUCCUUUCUCGUAUCUCUUGGCCAGAGGACAGCAGAUUAAGGUUAUUUCCCAGCUUUUCCGGAAGUGUUUGCAAGAAGAUAUCGUUGUGCCUAACAUGAAGAGUGAAGGAAGUAACGAAGAGUAUGAAGGUGCCACAGUCAUUGAGCCCAUUAGGGGAUACUACGACGUGCCAAUUGCCACUUUGGAUUUCAGCUCUUUGUAUCCCUCCAUUAUGAUGGCUCACAACUUGUGUUAUACCACACUUUUGAACAAACAAUCGAUUAAAGCAUACAAUUUGUCAGAGGAUGACUACACGCAUACGCCAAAUGGUGACUACUUUGUUAAGGAGACGAAGAAGAAGGGAAUUCUCCCCACUAUUUUAAAUGAGUUGUUGACCGCAAGAAAGAAAGCCAAGGCAGAUCUUAAGAAAGAAAGUGAUCCAUUCAAGCGAGAUGUGCUUAAUGGUAGACAGCUAGCAUUAAAAAUUUCUGCCAACUCCGUUUAUGGUUUUACGGGCGCUACUGUGGGUAAAUUACCCUGUCUUGCGAUCUCCUCAUCCGUCACUGCUUUUGGUAGAGAAAUGAUUGAAAAGACGAAAAAUGUUGUUCAAGACAAAUACAACACAGGUAAUGGCUACACUUAUGAUGCUCAGGUCAUUUAUGGUGAUACGGAUUCUGUCAUGGUAAAGUUUGGACAUCAAGACUUGGAAACGUGUAUGAAGUUGGGAGAAGAAGCAGCAGCAUAUGUCUCCACUAAAUUUAUUAAGCCCAUCAAGUUGGAGUUCGAAAAGGUCUAUUUCCCAUAUCUUUUGAUCAACAAAAAGAGAUACGCUGGUUUGUACUGGACUAACCCGGAGAAGUUCGACAAGAUGGACACAAAGGGUAUCGAGACAGUGAGAAGAGACAAUUGCCGCUUGGUUCAAAAUGUGAUCACAAGGGUUUUGGAGUACAUUUUGGAGGAAAGAAACGUUCCAAAGGCAGAAAGAUUUGUCAAGCAAACUAUCGCUGACUUGUUGCAGAACAGAGUCGAUUUAUCGCAACUAGUCAUUACCAAAGCGUUUUCGAAGUACGAAUACGACAGUAAGCAAGCUCACGUCGAGCUCGCUAAACGAAUGAGGAAGAGAGAUGCUGGUUCAGCUCCAACCCUAGGUGACAGAGUUGCUUAUGUCAUCAUCAAUGCAUCAAGUUCCAAGAACUACGAAAAGUCCGAGGACCCCCUUUACGUUUUGGAGAACUCUCUUUCCAUCGACGUCAAAUACUAUUUGGAGAAUCAACUUUCAAACCCCUUGUUGAGAAUUUUCGAGCCUAUUCUCGGUGAGAAAAAGGCAAAGGAAUUGCUUGCCGGUGCACAUACGAGAACUAUCAAGAUGAGUGCACCAAAGGGUGGUGGAUUGAUGAAGUUUGCAAAGAAAGCGGAACUAUGCAAAAACUGUAAGUCACCAUUGAAAGCGAACAACAAGGGUGCCUUAUGUGAAAAUUGCAUUUCGAAAGCUCCAGAAUUAUACUGUGACGCAUUGGCUCAGAUGAAUUACUUGGAGAACAAGUUUUCCAGGCUCUGGACAGAGUGUCAAAGAUGCCAGGGAUCACUUCAUCAGGAGGUUCUUUGCUCCAACAAGGAUUGCCCGAUCUUCUACAUGAGAAAGAAAGCAGAGAAGGAUGCUUCGCAACAAGUGCAAGAGCUUCAAAAAUGGGACGAAACGGUAUGGUAG